AUGUCCACCAGAUCCUUGCACCUUCACAUUCCAGUUAGAUUCUUUCUCCUAUAUCUACACGAUGAAAUUUUUUUGACUGAGAUAAAGCUUGCCUCUAAAGCUCAUGAAGGCAAGAGCAUAGAGAAGAGCCUCGGUAAAUACAGAGAGGAGAUCCUAAGUGAAGUCGCCAAGGAGAUUGAAGAGGCUGUUGCGGAUCUAAGGACCGCUUCGUGUGGAGAUGAUGUCAAUGAGAUAAAGGCCAAUAUUGAUUCUGCGAACAAAGCUGUUUCAAAUAUUGGAGGGCACAUGUCUGGGGGCGGUUUUGGUGGGGAUUCUGCACCAGGAGGAGGAGGAGGAUCUCAGGGAGGCACCAGUGAUCAAACUCCAGAGAGAUUAGGUUAG